GCUUUGGACGAUACCACGAAACGCGAUUCACACUUAUCGGCACGUGGUGUUGUGAGGUGAGUGUGACAGUGUGAGUAGUUUAUUUGGGGUCGCGCGACAGUGGUCGAAAGUCGGGAAUGACGUGAGUGCGAGCAACUACUUCCCGAUUUUUAGAGUUUUCCUUUUUUGAAAUAGUUGUGACAUAUUUAGAAUACUACAGCGUUGUGGAGAUUUGCUGCAAUUAUUUUUAAUAAUACCUCUGAAUAUACUUUUAAUUUAAAGAAAAACAAUAAUGGACGGAGGUAUCAAGAAAACAAGAAAUCCAAAUCCAAGAGAAAAUGCAUUUCCAUUAUCUGCAGCCACUUUCUGUUACACAAUUCCCACCUUCAUUAAAGGAUUUAAACGUGAUCUCGAUGAAUCUGAUUUGACUGAAACUCUCUCCGAACACAGGUCUGACUAUUUGGGAAAUAAAAUAGAAAAAUACUGGAAAUCAGAAGAGGAGAGAGCAAAAAAGAAAAACACUACUCCCUCUUUACAGCGGACACUGCUAAAAGCUUUUGGAUGGGAAUUUUUAGCGAUGGGUAUUGUUCUGAUCUUGUCAGAAACGGUAAGAUUAUAUCAACCCAUUAUUUUGGGUCGUCUAGUGAGAUAUUUCGACAUGUAUUCUAAAAAAACACCACCGAUAAAACUUCCUGAAAUGUCAAAUGCCAACUUCACAUCAGAUCAACAAAAUGUUAAUGAAACUAUAAUUCAGCCGCUGCUCCUCAGGCGUCUACUCGCAUAUUAUUCGCCCCAAGGAGAACCAGUAAGCAUCGAGGAAGCCUAUUACUUCGCCACUGGUAUUGUUCUAUGCUCCUUAUUCUCCGUGCUGUUAGUCCACCCGUACAUGCUCGCAGUAUGCCAUAUAGGCAUGAAAAUGAGAAUAGCAUGUUGUUCUCUCAUCUACAGAAAAGCGUUAAGGCUAAGCAAAACGGCUCUUGGCGAAACCACUGCUGGGCAGAUUGUAAAUCUUUUGUCCAACGAUGUUAACAGAUUCGAUUUGGCGGUUAUCUUCGCUCACCAAUUGUGGUUAGCUCCUCUAGAAACUGUAAUUUGUACGUAUUUUAUGUACAUGGAAAUUGGAGUUUCUGCUAUAAUUGGUGUUGCCGUUCUUGUUGCGUCAGUACCAUUGCAAAUUUAUUUGGGGAAAAAAAUAUCCUUCUAUCGUCUCAGGACUGCUUUAAGAACGGAUGAAAGAGUCAGACUGAUGAACGAAAUUUUGUCAGGCAUACAAGUAAUUAAAAUGUAUGCUUGGGAAACACCAUUUGCCCAGUUGGUAGCUAUGGCGAGAAGGCAUGAAAUUAAAUCACUCCGAGCUACUGCCUUUAUGCGAGGUAUAUUUCUUUCCUUUAUAAUGUACAGUACAAGAAUCUCAUUAUUCGUCAGCAUCUUAGCAUACGUUCUCUCUGGAUAUGACAUCUCGGCCGAAAAGGUGUUCGUCAUUACAUCAUUUUACAGCGUCCUUCGUCAAUCUCUGACGGUCUUCUUCCCUCAAGGUAUUGCGCAGGUCGCAGAAGUUAGAAUAUCUAUCCAAAGACUAAAUAAAUUCAUGCAAUUUGAAGAGAUAGAUAUGGUCAGAGAGAAGUUUGGACGAUGUUCUAUGAGUAGUAGUAAAAGUUUGGAUUUAUCGAAAUCUGUAAAUGGAGUUGACAAAUCUGAGAGAAAGGGGGAGCUAGGAGUCUUUUUAAAUAAUGCUACUGCCAAGUGGAGUGAAAUGUCCGUGGAUAAUACUUUAACAAAUAUUAAUAUAAAGGUAUAUCCCAGUCAACUAUUAGGAGUAAUAGGUCCAGUUGGAAGCGGCAAAAGUUCUUUACUUCACGUGAUAUUACAAGAGUUGAAACUAGUUAAUGGAUCUGUUACUGUCAAUGGUACAGUUAGCUACGCAUCACAGGAGCCAUGGUUAUUUGCAGGCAGCGUUAGACAAAAUAUAUUAUUUGGACAACCCAUGGACAAAUUAAGAUACAAGACUGUGGUUAAAAAGUGUGCUUUAGAAAGAGAUUUUAGACUUUUGCCUUAUGGAGACAAGACUAUUGUUGGAGAUAGAGGUGUAUCACUCAGUGGUGGUCAAAGAGCAAGAAUUAACCUGGCAAGAGCCGUCUACAAGCAAGCCGACGUUUAUUUGUUAGACGAUCCUUUAUCCGCUGUAGACACUCACGUCGGAAAAGAAAUAUUUGAACAGUGCAUUACGGGUUACUUAAAAAAUAAAACUGUGAUAUUAGUUACUCAUCAAAUACAGUACUUACAAGAAUUGGACAAUAUAUUGUAUUUGGAAGAUGGAAUUCCUAAGACAGGGUCUUUUAGAGAAUUACAAGCCAGUGGAUUAGACUUUACAAAAUCACUCGGUGAAUCUUCGGAAGAAGAAGAAACAACUAAAGAAUCUGAAGUCAUGCGUCAGCUCUCUAUAAAAAGUGUUGCUUCAGUAGAAGUGGAAGCACCCAAAGAAAUCGAGGAACAAAAAGGCACCGGCUCGAUAGGUGGAUAUGUAUACAGAGCCUAUUUCAAAGCGGGAGGAAAUUGUUGCGUUAUUUUUAUAUUCUUCUUUUUAUUCCUGUUAACACAAAUCUUUGCAAGUGCCUCAGAUUACUAUUUAUCUUAUUGGGUAAAUUUAGAGCAACAAGACAGUGCCGCAAAUUUAACACAAUCAACAGGACAUUCAUCAAAUGAGACCAUUACUAAUAAUUUUUGGCACUUUUCAAGAGAAACCUCGAUAUACAUUUAUUCCGGUCUAAUCGUCUUGUUGGUGGUUAUAACAUUGGUCAGAUCGUUCACAUUUUUUAUUGUGUGUAUGCGUGCCUCUACCAGACUCCAUGACAAUAUGUUCAUCAGCAUUACUAGAGCCACUAUGAGGUUCUUCAAUACUAAUAGUUCUGGAAGAAUUUUAAAUCGGUUUUCCAAAGACAUGGGAUCCAUUGACGAACUUUUACCGACAGCUUUAAUCGAUUGUCUACAGAUCGGUUUAGCUCUUCUAGGUAUUAUAGUAGUUGUAGCAGUUGUAACUCCUUUCUUAAUGAUACCGACUGUUGCUAUUGGAAUAAUCUUCUUUUUCUUCAGAAUAUUUUAUUUGAGAACUAGUAGAAACAUCAAGCGAAUUGAAGGAACAACUAGAAGUCCUGUAUUUUCUCACUUAAAUGCUUCUCUUUUGGGAUUAACAACAAUCAGAGCUUUUCAAGCUGAAGAAAUUUUGAAAAAGGAAUUUGAUAACCAUCAAGAUUUGCAUAGUUCAGCUUGGUUUGCUUUUAUUUCAACGUCCAGAGCUUUCGGAUACUGGUUGGAUUUACUGUGUAUGGUUUACGUCACUCUUGUCACAUUCAGUUUUCUAGUUAUUGGUAACGAACAAUUUGGAGGAAAUGUUGGCUUAGCUAUUACCCAAGCUAUUGGAUUGACUGGAAUGUUCCAGUGGGGAAUGCGGCAGUCCACUGAACUUGAGAACCAAAUGACGUCCGUAGAAAGAGUACUCCAGUACAAUGAUAUAGAAAAAGAAGGCGAGCUGGAAUCUCGACCUGACAAGAAACCCAAACCUUCAUGGCCGGAGAAGGGCAAGUUGGAAUUUAGGGAUCUUUACCUAAAAUAUUUCCCACAAGAUCCAUUUGUUUUGAAAGAUUUGAGUUUCGUCGUGAAACCAAAAGAAAAAAUUGGUAUCGUCGGAAGGACAGGUGCAGGAAAAUCUUCACUUAUUAAUGCUCUCUUCCAAUUAAAUGAAACUGUCGGCGAUAUUUUGAUCGACGAAGUUAAUAUUUCACAAAUUGGAUUACAUGAUUUGAGAACUAAGAUCUCUAUCAUCCCACAAGAACCUGUUCUGUUUUCAGGAACUAUGAGGAAGAAUUUAGAUCCAUUUGAUGAAUUUUCAGAUGCUGAAUUGUGGAGCGUUUUAGAAGAAGUAGAACUAAAAGAAGCCGUUGAAAACUUGGUAGCCGGUCUAAAUUCCAAAAUGUCCGAAGGUGGCUCAAACUUCAGCGUAGGCCAACGCCAGCUUGUGUGUCUAGCAAGAGCCAUCCUCAGAAAGAACAAACUUUUAGUCCUCGACGAAGCAACGGCUAACGUCGAUCCACAAACAGAUGCUCUGAUCCAGCAAACCAUUAGAACCAAAUUUGCAGAAUGCACCGUUCUUACUAUAGCUCACAGACUGAAUACCGUAAUGGAUUCGGAUAAGGUGCUAGUAAUGGACGCUGGAACUUUGAAGGAGUUUGAUCAUCCUCACUUACUACUGCAAGAUAAAAGUGGUAUCUUUUACGGGAUGGUUCAGCAGACAGGAAAAACUAUGGCUGAAACUCUUCAUCAGUUAGCAAAAUAUAGUUAUGAAACUAUUAGUCAUCUUCAACCAGACAAUUUUAGGUAGUAGUUUUGAUGUGAGCCUAUCUGUUCGUGGGUUUAACUUAAAUAAAUUAAUCAAUUGUAGAAAUUUCCUCCAAAUUAACAGUUUGUAACACUUUAAUGCCCAAGACAUUUAAUAUUGAACAUAGCUAAAUAUUAAUUUCUUGGAUUUUACUUUAUAUUUUUAUUAUCUAAUCUAUUAUUUAGAUAACAUUGUUUUUACGUAAAAGCUUAGUCUGUAUAUUCGCCACCGUAUUAUUAUGUAAAGUUAUUAUGUGAAUUUCAUGUGGUUUUCAUUGGAGUCUAAAAGUGUUUUAUUGGUUAACACAUUGCUGGACACACUUUAAUAAACCAAACAUAAAUAAAAUUCAAGAAACAAAGUACAAACAGUAAAAUACAAAAAAAUAAAAUAAAAAAAAAUACAUUUCCACUUUUAUAUUUGCGUAUACCACAACUCGAAUUCUGUGGAAAAGGUAUCGUUUCCUGAACAUACUGUACUAGUAAAGUUACCAGGAAGAGCCGUAUUUUCUUGUGGUGUAUGUUGUGAAAACAACUUAAUCUAUGUUCUCGCAUCUUUUAAUUUGGGGUCCAGUUCUAAGAGGAUUUGGAUAAUUAAAUCACUGAAAUCGAUAAAUCUGAUUGUUGCUGCUGGAUCAGGACUGUUAAUCUUUUUGAACCAAAACAAUGCAUUCCAGAGAGCUAUAUCUAAUAGAUUAAAUUUGUAACACCUGUUUAUCUCAGACAUAUAUUUGUUAUAAUGGAAUACUUCGAUGGGUUUUAUUUUUUUUUCUUCUCUUCUGUUUUUACAUCUUAUUAGUUUCGGGUGAUUCAAAGUCGUAAUCGCAAGCACUUGGCGGUUAUCUCUCCACUUUGAAAUGUACACUUUUCCUUGUCUUUUCCAUACAUGCUCUCCUUUUCUUAAUUUUUCUUUAGUUACUACAAUAGGAUUUCCUCGCCUGUCUCUUCUAAGAGUACCCGUUACGUGAGUUUUAGGUCGAAGAAGUCGAUUAGCUGGCGAUAUGUUGUUAUAUAGUAAUUGUUCAUAUAUAGAUGGUAUCCCUGAUUUAUAUAUGGUUGUAUUAAUUUUAAUAUGUAUGUAUGUAUAAUGUAUUAAUUUUAAUACAAACGCUUCAGUUUUAGACAUAGCUUCACCAGGAGAGUUCUAUCCUUGCCCUUUUUAUAUACCUAUGUUUACGACAUAACCAUCUGCACUACGUAGUUCAUAAAAUUUUAUGCCAUAUUUAGUUUUUCUAUUUUUCAUUUCAAACUUCAGGCUAAAAUCAGAAUAAAAAGCGAAACAUCUGGAAAAAUCAAUAUCGAGAAGGGAGUAAGACAGGAAUGUGUCCUAUCACCUUUGCUGUUCAAUGUUUACUCUGAGAAGAUAUUUCAGAAAGCUUUGGAAGGCACCUCGGAUGGUAUAAUUAUAAACGAGCAAUGUAUAAAUAACCUGCGAUAUGCUGAUGACACUGUCAUACUGGCAGAUAAUGCUGAAGUCCUGCAACUCUUAAUGGACCGAGUAACGACAGCCUGUAGAGAAUUUGGAAUGAAAUUGAAUACAAAGAAGACAAAAACGAUGGUCAUCAGCAAGCACCAAAACAGAAGGGUGAAGGUCAAUGUCGACGGAACAGAUCUGGAAAGAGUAACAAGAACAACGUACCUUGGAAGUAAUCUUGAUGAAACUUGGGACCACUCACUAGAGAUAAGAAUACGCCUGGAAAGGCACGUACAAUGUUUUACAAAAUGCAAAAAGUUCUAUGCAACCGCUAGCUGGGCAUCUCAUUGAGAACUAGAAUACUUAUGUGCUAUGUUUUCUCCACCUUGCUGUAUGGUGUUGAAGCUUGGACAAUGACAGAAGCAACACAAAAAAGAAUCCAAGCAUUCGAACUCUGGUGUUACCGUAAAAUGCUCAGAAUCUCCUACAUGAGCCAUACGACAAAUGCGGAAGUCUUGCGGGGGAUAAAUAAGGAAAGAGAGCUUAUGCUUUAAAAAAAAGAACGGAAAACACAAUAUUUUGGUCACAUCAUAACAAAUCAAAAGUAUGAACUGCUCCAACUUAUAAUCGAAGGCAAAGUCAAUAGCAAAAGAAGACCAGGAAGAAGACGCAACUCUUGGCUUAAAAACCUACGGCAAUGGAUGAACAUGACCUCCAUAGAACUAUUCAGGGCUGCUACAAAUAAAAUUAAAUGGUCAAAUAUAAUGGCCAACGUUCUUAAGGAUAAGGCACUGUAAGAAGAAGAUUUUUCAUGUAUAUUCUGAAAGCUAAUCGCCCUCGAAAUCAAAGUAACGAUUCAUCUGGAGAUACUUGUUGUGAAGGCUUAUAAGAGGAUUGAAAAUUUCUAAUACACAAGUCUAAAAUAUUUCUUAAAGCUGCGUGAAAUUUGUUCGAAGCGUCUACCAGACAUUGUUAUAGGAAAUAUCGGAAAAUAGUUUAGUGGUUUUAGCCUAAAAAAGAUUCGUAUAUCGCAAUUUUUCGUUUGUUCCCAUAACAAAUAUAUGCCUAAAAAUUUAUCCUGCUUAUCAAUCGAUUUGUAAAUCCUACUUCGAGAGUGUCGGGUUUUAGGGCGAACCUGCUGACAAGUAUCUAUCCGUAGGUGUUGGUACAAUCAAACAAAAGUGUCACAAUUUCAUCAUCCCAUAGCUUACUAAAUGCUUCAAUCGUUAUUUGCUCUCUUAAUGGUUCUUCACAGAAGACACUAAUAUCGGCAACAUUACUAUGCCAUCCAAUAUAUGGUUCUUGAAUAUCAUUUGGUUUGUGUGAACCACCUGCCUCUUGUAAAUUGACAUCCGUAGUUUGUUCUGAGUCAUCACUUUCAGUAGUUUCAGUGUUUCUAUUAUCAAGAUCCGAAUCUGCUCCGAAACUUUCAUCACUUGCUAAAUAUGACGCUUUUACUCUUUAGAAUCCAUAUUUAAAAUAUCAUAUUUUUAUAGAAUAUAUUUUAGUAUAAUAUUUAUCAACAACUUACCUCAAGCAAUUGGCGACGUGCAAGUACUUGGAUGUGAUACGAGAAACGAUCGUGCGCGAGUAGCGGAGAAAUCUUGCAUUUUUUAGUGCACAUUUCAUAGAUUUCAUAAAUUCAUAUUGUCAAUUGGCAAAUUGUCAUAUUUCAUAUUCGUUUGUUUAUUUACACCUUCUGUCACUGAAGAAAAUGGGAUUUAGUAAUUGCUGUGUUAUAAAUUGUAAAAUACAACAAAAAAUUGUUGAAAAGUUAUUUGGUGAUUUACUUUCUCAAAUCCAGUUUUAUUAUUGCAUCCAUAUUAACAGUAAUACUGUAAUGUAAUAAUAUAUUUAUUUGUAUUUACACUACAUACAACGUUUACCUUUUAAUAACAUACCGACAUAACCUCAAUCUUACUUUUUUUUCUUAUUCUUUUUUGGGGCUACGUCCUUGACAGUUAUCCGGUAACCUCGAUCUAACAUGAAAGCGCAGUAAAUUUUGCUGAUUUACGACACCAGGUGUCGCUCUUCCGAACUUGCACGGUCCCAAUACAAAAACACGGUAAAAACAGUAUCAAAAUAAUAUACACUUUACGGGACAUAGAGAGUCGUUAUAAUACGUAUUAUUAACAAUCUCUAAGCUACUAAUAAGCUAAUAACCGCUACCCAAUAAACAACGAACUAAGAUGCCUGAAAUGUAGGCACACAAUUUGACCUUUUACCUAGUUUGCGAGAUGGUUGUCACCGCAAUGUAUUUCUAAAUAGAGGACGGGUAUUGCCAAGGUGUCCAACAAUGUUUUAAAAUAACUUUUUCAAAAAUAAUUAUAACAAUUAUUGAAAUUCCUGAAUAAAAUAUUAAAAGGUACUUUUUUGAUAUGAAAACUAAAUGAUAGGUGUAUUCAUUACACCAUAGUCAUGUUCAUUCUUAUAAGUAUUAUCUACAUCUGGUAAUUUCAAUUUUUUUCUUCAUAUUUUGUUUAUUGCGACUCUGCAGUACAUAUACAAAAUAGUUUUUUUAUUAGUUUUUUUUUAUUUAUUACACUUCCUUUUUGAAAGUUUAUUUUGUUGUUGAUCUGUGUCACACAACAAACUAACAAUAAUAAUUUUUAUAUUCAUCUUUCAUCUAAAUACACUAACUGAGCCGACCCGAUUUUGUCGAUAAAUGUGCGUUACAAAAUUUAAUUCCGUGCUGUAGCGAGACGAUCCGUCCUCGACCGAUUCGUUCAAAUGCGCGCCUACUUAAUGCGCGCGCGCUUAAUGCUUACAAGAUCCAGGCCAAAUAAAUCAACUGUCAUUUUUUAAUUACAAUCUAGUCCAGUUAUAUACGUUUAUAAGUUAAAAUCAUUAAAAUCAUUUAAAAUUUUUUUGGACACAAUUUCCGCAUUAUGGAAUUCCCAAUUGUGGUUUAAUCCCUUAUAAAAUAUUAUUUUACUGUAAGAUCUUCUUCUUCUUCUUAAGGUGCCUUCUCCAUUACUGAAGGUUGGCUAUAACUACAGCAAAGUGCUCUUUAUCUUGAGCUGUUCUUAGUAUCGAAUGUGUGUCCAUGCCUGUCCUGUCUCUUACAUUCUUCAACCAGGAGCAUUUUCUUCUUCCUGGACCUCUUCUUCCUUCCACUUUUCCUUCCAUUAUAAGUCGUAGAAAGUUGUAUUUUUCUCCUCUGUAAAUAUGUCCUAGAUAACUCGUUUUUUCUGUUUUUUACAAUAUUUUGGAGUUCUUUCUCAGUACGCAUUCUUCUUAGCACCUCGUUGUUGGUCACGUGCUCUUCCCAAAAGAUCUUCAGCAUUCUUCGAAAAACCCACAUCUCAAAGGCUUCUAUACGCCUCAUACUUGUAAUUCCGAGAGUCCAUGUUUCCACUCCGUAUAGCAAUAUGGAAUAAAUAAACGUUUUUACAAAUUGGUAUCGGAUAUCCAACGAUAACGUAGAGUUUAUUAUAUCCAGCAACCAAGAUACUGGAAUCUUUGUACUGGUUCUAUAUGUUUAUUAUAGAUACGAAUAUUAAUGUCGACAUUUGGUGCACGUGUAACAGCCAUUACUUUUGCAAUAAUGACAGUGUCGUCUGCGUAUCUUAAGUUGUUUACGUAUUCUCCGUAAGAGACCACAAGAAAAUAGUUCAGAACAGUCUGUUACAUUGUUGUUAAUCUGGAAGAAAUUAUUUCAACAGACUUUGUUAGUUGUAUGAUCUAAGAAACAACUGUUUUAAUAUUUCAAAAAUAUAUUUUUGACAUUUUACUAAAAUAAAAAAGAUUUUGAGAAAAUUUUAAAACAAUCGCUUGCUUUUAAAAUGAUUGUAUUUUCUACAGAGGUGAAUUUUAAGUUUCGUUCAUAAUAUUUAAAUAUAUUAAACAAAUAAUAUAGAUUAUUGUAGACUGAUUAGUUUAAAAAGUUUAACAUACAUAUCUUCGAAAAGUAAAAGUAUCAUUACACAAUAAAUCAAUUUUAAAAAAAAUUACCGAGUACUUGUUGCGAAAUAAAUAGAAAAUGGAAUAUUUUUUUUACCUGAAGUGAUAAUUUAAUUUUUUGUAUCUAUAUAAAUAAAGUGAUUGCACUUAGUGCAAAUAAAUAGCAACACUGAACAACAGUGAAUCAUUAAUGGAUUACUCGUAUACCCGAAUCAAACCAUGCCUGUUGCACUAUAUUUACUAGUUUUUAUUUGUAUUUACCAUUUAUUGAGUUUAUUGUAACUUUUAAUAAAUAAAUAAAAAUUAUUUUAAAAAAAGUCUAAAUGUACUUUCGGUCCAAUGCUUGACAAUUGACGAUGUGAGAGAAGUUAUUUGACAUCUGUGACAUUUUGAAAAGUUAGGAAGCAAAAUUUGCACAUCUAAAGUAACGAUAAGGAAUUUUAUUUCAGAUUCAUAGGCCUAUAGAGAAUUAAAAAAGUAAAUAUCAAUAAAACCGUCAAACCAAUAAUAUCAGUGGGAACAAAUAUUAUUGAAUCAAAACAUUACUUGCUAGAACAGAUUAAUUGCAUGGCACUUCCUGAGUAGACCACACUGAGAGCCGAGCUUCCCGUAUAUUAUAAAAUCCGGCUUACUCGAAACUACGUUUGUUUUUUCCCUUUCUAUCACAAAACAUGCAUAGAGAGCAUGCUGACCUAUUAGGUAGGUGCCUUUGGGAUGUCAAACUCUUGGAAGGCUGAACUAUAUGCUGCCUAACCUGUCACGUACUCUUACUAACGGUUCAGGGGCCCUGGACCUUCAAUAAAUUGGCUGGCGCUUCAAAAGCAAAUUAGACUAACCUGUCUAUAAAAGACAUCCGCUCGUUUCUACUCCUUUACACUCCAGUGUCCUGGCACGCAGAUUAAAUUGACAGUUUUUAUCAUAGCAGCGAUAGUUGGAAUCAAAAGCCUGUAACCUUCUAAGGCUCUUAAUGCUGCCAGUCUGAGUGGAUAAUAUUAUAAAAUAUAAUUAAAAGUGAUUUGAUAUUGUGAAGAUAUUCUCUUAAAAAGACUAGGACGUGACUUCAACCCGGUACCACGUCCUUACAAGUGUUAAAACUUAAAGACAGAAUAAGUAGAUACUAUAUUGGCGACCACGUGAAUACAAGGGGGCAAAAGAAAAUAGAAAAAGAAUAAUCUCUAAAAAUAACUGCAAUAGAAAUCUACGGUUGUCAGUUGUAGUGUCUAGGAAAAAUACACAAUUAUUUAAAUUUGGUUUCUCGUUACUCUCCUUAAUUUGUUUUCAGGUGAGGUACUGAUUUUUGAAGAUAUGUAUGUACAAAAUUAUUUAGUAGAUCUGUAUGUUAAAACUCAUUUAUUUAAUAUCAUUAUAGCAUCUUGUCCAUAACUAAGUGUAGCCUAAAACUAUUGCUAUAAAAUAUUUUUUGUUGUUUUCAAAAGAUGAACAAUACAAAAAUAUGUUCCUUGAUACCAAAGCUCAUGUACUUUUGGGGUAUUUAUGAUAGAGAUAUUAAAUAUCUAUUAUGAAAUUAUUUUUAUAAUACAUCGAUAGUAAUG